AUGAUCACUACAACUAUUCAAACUACAAUCUCAAUAACAACUGAUAGUAUUACACAAUCCACUCCUAUUCCAGUUUCUAACUUUUGUGAUAAUGCAACUCACAUUAAAUGGAUUAAUGGUACUUGUGUUACAAGAGAGUUUGCACAAACAUCAGCCAUUCUUAUAAUCUUCAGUAAUUCUUCUAAUGAUACUGAAAAAGCUGAUGCUCUUGCAAUAUAUGUAACUUCAAUUACUAACUCGAAUGCAACAUCAAACUCUAAUAAUACUUUAACAAUCAAGCAAAUUAAUGAAAUAGUUGGUAAUUUAAGCAGUGAUAAUUAUAGAGUAAAUUCUAAUGAUACAAUUCUUAUUAUGACAAAACCAAAUCGAGAACCUAGCAAAGAAACAAUAAUAGGAGUUUCAUUUGAAGAUGGUUUUGGUGGUACAGUUGUUGAUACCAGCAAUAGAAAUAAUGUAAUAAAUUCAAAUUUAUCAGCUGCUGGUAUUGUUACUGUUCAGUCAUUAAAUGAGGCUAAAUCUUUCAAUAUGUUUAUAAUAAAUGAUCCAACUCCGUUUCAAGAUGUAGAUAAUACAAGUAAUAGAACACUUUCAUCAUCAGUUGUUUUUGCUACAAUACAAGGAGCCGAUAUGAAUCGAAGAAAUAUAACAAUUGAUUUGUUUUUUCAAGUUUUAAAACCACCUAAACCAACUGAAGAUGUAACAUAUUUUUGUUCAUUUUAUGAUACAAAUACUUUACAAUGGAAUGAAUUCGGCUGUACUGCACCAAUAUAUAACACAAAAUUUGAUCGAUAUGAAUGUCGGUGUUAUCACUUAACAUCUUUUGCUCUUGUUUGGUUACCGAAAUCUUCAAAAACAUCACAACGUACUUCACGAGCAGAAUUAAAUGAUCAAGAUAACGCAUCAAUUGCAUUUCAAGUUAUUUCAAUUAGUUGUUUCAUAGCAGUUGUUAUUCAUGGCAUUGCUAUUCAUUUUAUUAAUCCACAGAAAUUUAUUAAACUAAGAUUAUUAAUUCCAUUAAUAUCGUGUGUAGUUACAAUGAUACUUUUUAUUUUUUAUAUUGCACUUGGUUUAACAGUUUAUUCCAGAUUUUCACAAUUGAAUACUACUUCUUCUAGUGGAAAUCUUCCUAAUCGAGGACGAAGUUUUAAUGAAAAUUCUAAUGAAAUAAAUUUAUUGGAAACUAAAUUAAAUUCACAAACUGAUUCUUCAUCAGGAAAUUCAUCUCUAUCUCAUAUUCCAUGUUUACCAAAUGAACAUGCUUUAAUGUUCAUUGUUUUUUUCUUUAUUAUUUUUAUGUUUGGUGUAAAAACUAGUUUUGGUUAUUACAAUUAUCGUCAUUAUGUUCAAUUUUAUCCUCCACCAUCACUUCGAAAUCUUUCUAUUACUAUUGGUAUUUCUUUUCUUACUGGUAUAAUAUAUAUGGCUAUUGCAGCUGGAAUUAAUUCUAAUCCAUCGAAUGAAUUUUCUGAAAUAUAUUUAGGUAAAAUUUGUUGGUUUAAUCGCAGUGUUAUUCAUUAUUUUUUAACUAUACCAAUAUGUUUAUUUCUUGCAACAAGUAUAUUUCUGAUUAUUUGGGUCGCUAAACGUAUGAUUACUCAUGCUAACGAAACUGUAUCAGAUAUUGUUAGACACAAUCGAAGAAAACAAUGUUUAAUCGUUGUAUUAAUAUCUUGUGUUACUCAAGGUCUUGGUUGGCUUUUUGGUCCAUUGAUGUUAAUUGCUGAUCCGAAAUCUGGUGAAGUAUUAGGAUGGCUUUUUGUUAUCUUUAAUGGAUUGGAAGGCGUUUGGAUUAUAAUUUUGUAUAUUAUUGCUCGAAAAGAACAUUUAGAUGAAACUCUGCGUGGCAAAUACACAAAAGACAUACAACUCAAAGAGAUUCCAGCACGAGAGCCUAAGCCAGAUGAUCCGAAUACUGACAGAAGACCUCCAGAAUUGAAAGAUUUAAGAAGUGAUACACCACGUCAUUCAUUUGCUGAUCUAGCACAAAUAAAUAUGAUUAAUUAUGGCUAUCCUGACGAUAACAGUGAUUAA